AGUGUGUGUGUGAAGCGGCGCCGUAAUCGUUAGAGCUACUCUGCCCGUUACACGUGCACGGUGCCCGAAAAUGGCCCUGAACCCCACCGCGGUGGGGAGGAGGGACCCAGAAUGUACCGAGGCGGACUAUCUCCAGCCGGAGGGAGGCGAACCCCCGAAGAAUCCAGCCGCCACCUCGGCCACAGCCAACCAAAAUGGCGAUCAGCCUGGAUGUGGAGACAGUGUAAUGCCCGACCAAGAAGCCCCUGAGCGGCGGAGGAGCAUGCAUGCAGACGCCCGGAGCUUUAGCAGUUCUCCGUCACCGGGCCAGAGACCGAAUUUCCAAAUCCCGAGGAAGAUCCGAGAGCGGAAAGGCUUGUACCAGUUCCUGCCCCCUGACAGCAGGGAGUUUGAGGACCUUGUGAAGAUUGUCUCAUCGUUUUACCUGGACUCGUCAUCGCGAGGAACUUUCUCCUACUGCAAGGCCAGGCUCAUUCACAAUGAGCUGCUGGAGAAGGAGUUCAUCGAGAAGCGGAGAGAGAUGAAGCAGGCGGGGCGCACGGAACAAGACCUAACUGAGUCGUACUGCUUCCUUUUUCCAGACAAAUCGAAGCUCCACUGGAUCUGUGAGAAGGGUCUGUCAGUUGGACACUCAAAGAUCACUACACUUGGAAACUCAUCAAAGGGUGUUUAUGUCUCCAAAUAUUCUGACCUGUUACAAAUAAAUCCUUUUGAAGUGGGCUCGUCUGGAGACAUGAUCAUUUUUAAAGUUAUGAGGGGCCGAAUAAAGCACAUCCACGAGAACAUGCCUAAGAAUGCUAUGGAGCCGACUCCCAAGGUCGACUGUCAUUUGUCAAAAAGCGGCAAUAGGGUUACAUCUCUGCUGUCUUACAGGGCUUUUGAGCUCACACAGCAAUAUUUUUUCGAGUUUGCGUUCGAUGAGAUCAAGGUGCGGCCCAGGCAUGUGUGCCCUUACGCUGUGGUUUCCUUUAAGUACAAAGGAAAGGAAGCUACGGCAACUCCUAUGACUUCACACAGGUUUAACACUAUUGGCCCUGAAGGAAGUCGAGGGAAGAGCUGCUACACUGUGUGGACUGGUCCACUGGUGAACAAGAGCCAGGAGUUAUUCCCAAUCUGUUUACGAUCCUUCUCGCGGCCCUACCUCCCUUUCAAACUGCCUGAGAAGCUGGAGGUGAGUCGAGGCAUGCAGCUGGAUCAGGUGAAGCGAAAGAUUCCCUCUGUGCUCUUUUCUUGGGACACAUACAGCGCAUCACGGGAAGUGAUGAAAUGUGGGAUGUCCUGCAGCCUGUUUGAGGUGGUGAGUGGAAAAGGCAAACCAACCAGCGGCAGCUUGGCAGCACUGGUCAACAAACUGGAGAGGGACAGGAUGGUGCUGGUGAAGUCCUUGUUUGACAGGGGCUUUCUCUUCCUGCUAUCCUCAGCACAGAUGGUUGACUCCAAAGAGCGGCGGGGGCGCGCUGAGAAGAACCUGCAAGCAUUAUUCAUCUUUCAGGAGUCAAGGAUGGUUGUCAAGUAUUCAUCAAGACUGUUUGAGCCCGAGCCGCUGACGGUGGAGCCCCAGCCUGCUAUCCUGUCCUCCGUGGAUCCCUUCGUCCCCGCUCUGCACUACGCACUGUUCAAGUUGCGCCCAAACCCCGGCAAGGACGUGAGCUCUGGGGUGGAGCGCCAGGCCACCGAUUACUUAACUCGUAUGGAUUCGGGCACGGUGCGGCCUUUCAUUCUGCCCGACUACAAAUAUAACGUGGAGGAGAGGACCAACCAGCUCCCAGUGACCAGACCCAAAUUCAACAUGGACGCCGUGCUGCGUUCUUACGUCCACAACCCCGCCAACUAUAUGUUACCUCUAAACAAGACCAAGGACAUCAUUGAAAGAAUACGCAACCCCGUACCUAUACCUGCGCCUGCUCCAGCCCCAGUGGAAUACAGUCCCGUUUCCGACUGGGGCGGAUCCGACAGGGGCUCAGACAGGGCCGAGAGACCCGCAGAAAGGCUGCCCCAGGAGAGGCCGCCGCCUGAGAGGCCAGCACAGGAGAAGCCGCCCCCAGACAGCAGCAGGCGGAGGUCGGGGUUGGCUCAUUCUAACGGGGCCCAGCUGCAGCACAAGCCCCACAUCGAGUCCCAGCCGCAGCCCCCGCAGAGGUUGCGGCUGUCCCAGAACGAGUACGAUAAAGACAAGAUGAAACAGUUGCUGAAGCUGAUUCAACUUCAUAAGAAAGCACUGGUGAGGGAUCCUGGGAAAGAGAAGGAAGAGGACGGGGCUUGGGACGCAAACAGUCUGAAGAGGAAGUUCGAGGGAGACGAGAGAGGAGGCACGAACAAACACCAACGCACAGACGCACUGAGCAACGGAGAACCCAGCAGAGGAGCCCAAGCAGAGGAGGCGGGAGAAGAGGGCGGACAGAGUGACAAUCUGACAGCAGUGAUGGAAAGCAUGGGCAUCUACGACACUGAUCUGAGGGCUCGUGGCAACACCAGCACCACAGCAGUCAACGAGACCCAGCGCCUCCUGAAGAUCCUCCUGGCUACGCUGAACAAAGCCGUGGCCCAGGGCUCAAUGGCAGCUGACUCAAACCACGGGGAACCAUCGACGGGUCCAGGAAGGGGGGAACCAUCGACGGGUCCAGGGAGGGGGGAACCCUCAACGGGUCCAGGGAGGGGGGAACCAUCAACGGGUCCAGGGAGGGGGGAACCUGCCGUCCCUGAACCAGAUCUGAAGAAACAAAGUGAGCCCGCAUCUCAAACAAACUACACAGAGGAGGACAUGGACUGCAGCCCUGGUAGUCCACUCAGCGCGGGCUCCCCACUAGAACAAGCUCACACCUCAGACAACCCGACCUGGGUUAACCCCGCCAAUGAAGACAAAGCACAGCCUUUUCCUGAGCCAAAGCCUGAGCCUGAGCCGGAGCCAGAGCCAGAACCGGAGGCCGUGACCAUGGCAGAGAGCUUCCCGGAGCCCAAGACGCCUGCAGCCGUGGAAGUAAAAAAACUGGCCGCGCCGCCCACGUUACCAGCCGUAGACGAAGUCCCCUUCAGGCCCUCCAUCAGCCUGGACACCAUACUCAACCAGGAAGUCCACAGCCUCACCUCUGACAUUAAAAACAUUAUGCACACUCAACACAUCUGCUAUUCUUCGCAGCUAUCCCCGCGGUUGCCCGCACGCCACUGCUGGCUGCCCAACAGCUGCUUCUCCUACUUUGUUGCACCCUACGUCUCCCCCGUCCCCACCCAGGGACACGUCAAAGCACUGUGCGAGAAGAUGGACAAGUUGAUCCCUGCUCCACCUGCUCCCUGCAAAGUCACGUCUCCACCUCCCCCAGUGACAACAUCUAAUCUUACAACGCCGCCCCCCACCCCCAUACCCACUCCCAAAACUAAAGCCGACCCCUCCCUACUGAAGAGCACCACCUCCUCUCAAAGUGGUAAAACGGGCACUGUCAAAGGGGCGGCGUCCACUAAGUCUAAAGGGGACGGCUCGUCAGCAGAGGUGGAGGGAGAGAUUUAUUCUCCCUCUCAAAUCACUGGAGACUCUCCAGAUAACAAGUCCCAGAACCCAGACGCUGCUUCUGGGAGCGGGUCCGGCCUGCUGGCUGGAAGCCUCAUCGGCCAGUUGAAGCCUGAGGUUUUCAGCAGCCUGGUGGAGAUCUUUAAGGACGUCACCAAGAACACAGUGAAAUUCUACAUCUACUCCGGGGACGAGGUGGAGAGCAAUGUCUGCAAGGAGAUUAAGGAGUACUUGAAAAGUCUUGGCAACAGCGAGUGCAGCCCGCAGACGUUUCUGGAAAACAGCGGCAGUUUAGAUAAGCUCCUCAUCAUCAUUCAGAAUGAGGACAUCGCUGCACACGUGCACAAGAUCCCGGCUCUGGUGUCUUUGAAGAAGUUGCCUUCGGUGAGCUUCGCUGGAGUGGACACUCUAGACGACGUCAAGAACCACACUUAUAAUGAGCUGUUUGUGUCUGGAGGCUUCAUCGUCUCUGAUGAGUUUGUCCUCAACCCCGACCUUAUUACACAGGAUCGUCUGCAGGGGCUGCUGAAGUUCCUGGAGGAGCAGAGCACCCCCGAACACCCGUGGCAGUGGAAGGUUCACUGCAAGUCCCAGAAAAAGCUCAAGGAACUCGGGAGGUUAAACACCAACGCCAUGGGGCUGUUGAACCUUCUUACAGCCUACCAGAAGAAGCACCUGGUGGAGUUCCUCCCUUAUCAUGAGUGUGACACUCAGUCGCGUCAGGCUCCCGACCUGGAAUGUCUGAUCAAGCUCCAAGCUCAGCACACGCAACAACGGCACCUUAUCUUCCUCACAGAGAGGCCAUUUGAGAUGUUCCUGCAGUUCUCCAGAAAUGGGAUAGUGAUAGGAAGCAUUGAUGAUGUUAUGAGCGGUUUCCACAGUCUGAUUGGCUCCAUUAAUCAGAACGAGCUUCCAACGCCGCCCUCUACAGUAGUGAAUGAUGAGUGUGUGGAAGAGGAGGACAUGUCAUUAGACUCUGAUGAUGGCGAGCCAAACACUAUGUCGGAUCCCUCGGCGCAGAAACAGGGAAUUGAAAAGGGGCAUCCUCCACAGCCGCCCCCACCAGAGGCGGAGGAGUUUCGUCCUCCGCUCCCGGACCAGCACGCCACCCCCGAGAGAACGCCGACGCUCUCCGACUACAGCGCUCUCAAAACAGCCAUCUCUCAGUUCAAAGCCACCAACCAGCUGGGAAUGGGCUCUUCAGACAUUGGUGGUUUGUCACCGGGAGGUUUUCCUGUCAAUCCCCAUCAGAGCUUCCUUUGUCCCUCGGCCUCGUGGUCAUCCUACACCGGCUCCUCUAGCUACGCCGCCUCCCCAGCUUAUCCUGCUUCACCCUGCAGCAGCACCCAUGAACAGGAAUACCGCCCCCCAGUCCCAGCCACAGGCUCCGCCACAAUCCCAACCCCACCCGUCAUGGCGUCAGUAGGACCUCUAGCCAACCUGGCUUCUCUCCCCUUGGAGGUGAAACCUCCCCCUCCGCCUCACCUCAUGAUGCUGGGCCACACGUACGGCUCAGACACUGGAGGAGUGGGGCCUGCUGGGAACUCUCCGCUCACAACCUCCCUCCCCUACACAGACCCUAAUGACUCAGUCCAGCCAGGUUACAUGGCUGGCAUUCAUACAAAUGUUAGUGGGACUCCCACACAACAUAACAGGACACUCAGUGGACCUGGGGAGGGUUUAUGGGGGCCAGCGGGGACCAGCACUUGUCAGACUGCUAGCAGCCAGGGUGUGGUCACAUCUGGCCCCGUGGACCCCAGCGGACUCUCUAAGACUGGGGAAACCCUUGGAGGAAGCACCCCUGGUAGUCAGGGGGGCAGGACUCAGGUGAAUUGUGCAAACAACCCUGGACCGUCUGUGGGUAUUCCCACAGUGGCCACCAGGGGGGGCUCGAUAGUCAGACCUAAACUGCCUCCACAUCCAAUGUGUGGUGUGGGCUAUGGUGGUAUGGGUGGCGUCCCAGGACAGAUGGAUCAGGGGCCUAUGCGGGGCGGUAUGGGUCCUGGUUCUUUAGGGGGCUAUCGAGGGAGAGGAGCCCCACCAGUAGGACUUUGGCCUCGGCCAGGACGAGGACAUGACUUGGGGGACGGGCCUGGAGGUGGACCCUGCUCUUGGGGUUACCCAGCGGGCCGGGGAGGGGUACAGGAUUACUACUCGGACUACCAAUACACUCACAAUUAUGCUCCUGAAUAGACAAUCAUGAUGAUCGAAGGGGCAACUCAAACGCCAUACUCCAGAGACUAUAAGAGCUGGCUGAAUGUAUAUAUUUCCUUGUCAUAAACACAUUGAUUUAAAUCAGUAACUAUGGAUCCUGGUUUUCUACAUUAAUAAAAAUUGAUACAGGCAGUGCCGAGUGUCCUACUGUCGUGUAAACUGUAUGUACACUCUUUCCAUGUGAGCUAUUUGAGACCCUGUUCAAACCACUAUAUUUAUAUUUGCCGACAAAUGUUAAUGGCCUUCCAGCUUCUCGGAAUUUAUCAUCUUAUUUCUGUUUGUCCAGGUUUUUGAAACGGUUUGUGAACAAGGGGAAAGGCUGAUAU